CGUAUAUGCUGGGGGACACCCGGGUGUGGUACGGGGUAGGAGAUCGGGCGGUGAGUGGGUAACUGAUGGGGUUAGUGCCUUUCGUUGUGGUUUACGUUUGGGUCCGGGAAACUUCUAUUUUAUGGCAUGUCUGUCGCGUAUUCAUUAGGUUCUUUUGUAAAAUUCCAUUCUUACAUUUACAUUUUCCUCUCAUCAGCCAUCUAUCCUCCUGCAGACUUUUAUUACUUCGAUUCUAUUACCGCUACUUCUAUUAAUGUUGUGUGUCGCAGUGUAACUAUUUAUUUCGCUAGUAAUUUCUCUUGAUUUUAUUCUGUUAUAUAAAAACAUUAUUGUUCAGUGGUUGUCAUGCCUUCAGACGUGCGAUCUUUCAUUCUGGACUUUCCGGAUUUGCUUCGUCGCUUAUGAUGUUGCAGCAUCAGGUCAUGUGUUAGUUACAUAUAUUUCAGAGGACGAUCAGCGAUCCUUUACUCCAGGGUCAUCCUAUCGUUUCAUUUACUUGAAUAUAUGAAAAUGUGUUCUUUUGUUAAAAAUGCACGUUUUUUUUAAAUAUCAAUCAGUUGUUGAGUUCUAAGAAUUCGCGUACUUCAUGGAGAAUGGUGGGGGUCAAUGCUUUGCUGCCGGUUAUCCUUUACCUGCAGUAGUAAUUGUGCAAAACAGCAUUACUCAUAGCUCACGUGAAGUGAAGCAAAACAUUCUCUCCUAACCAAUAGACUUCAUUCAUCACCUUUGAUUAAGCAGUUAUGGAAUAUGACGCACUCCGGUUUCCCCCCACAGUCCAAAAACAUGCUUGGAGUUACUAAAUUGCCCGUAGGUGUGCAUGUGUGCGUGAAUGGUGUGUGAAUGUGCCCUGCGAUGGGCUGGCCUCCCAUCCUGGGUCGUUCCCUGCCUCGUGCCCAUUGCUUCCGGGACCCCCCGCGACCCAGUAGGAUAAUAGAUUUGGAAAAUGGAUGGAUGGAUGGAUGGAUGGAUGGAAUAUGACGCGUUUUCACACCCACCCAGUGAAGCACGCUUCACCUAUAAUUCCCAAACAUGCGCACUUCGCGCAUUACCAAGACGAAGAUAAGUCACAUAUAUUUAACCAAUCAGUACGUGAGUUUAAAAUAAAAUUAGUUAAAAUGAGUUCCAAUAAACGUGAAAUGCCGUUAGUGUAAUUAGGUCUUUCGGAAAAUGUGAGGAUUACAGUUGGCACCAGACCCAAACAUUACGGGAUCAUCACGGAACUUUGCAGCAAAGACUAUGUUUUGGCUUUUGUUGGUGUGUUUGUGUUGCACAUGUAAUAUAAAGCAAAACUGUAAUGUUAAGCUGUGCAGCCAACUCAUAUUUUGAUCAAGUUACUCCCUUAAUGUUUCUUGUGACCUGUGUCUAUAAUGGUGUUUUUCAGGAAAAGGGUGCAGCUGCUGAAAACUGUUAAUAACAAUUUUUUUUGUCGCAGGUUAACAGCUAUACAGCUGAAGGCUCAGGAUACACACUAGAUAGGCUACAGUUAGCAACCAAUAGAAAAUGUUUUGACAGUGAUGGAGGCACUGUUAGAUCGAUGGUUAUGGUGGCACGAGUACUGGCUCCCCCCGGGCAUCACCUGGGACGACAUGGAUAUGGCGGGCGGCACUCCUCGGCCUCGAGACCUGCUGGUCACGCUUCCCCUGGCCCUGGGGUUCAUCGGCUUGCGGUUCGUCUUUGAAAGGGCAGUGGCGCAACCCCUGAGCGUGCAGCUGGGGGUGCGGGACCGGAUUCGGCUACAAGUCACUCCUGUGCCUGAGCUGGAAUCCUUUUACAAUCAAAAGGGCCAUCAGCCUUCACAGAGUGCCAUCAUCAGCCUGAGUAAGAAGUGCGAUCUCACUCAGCGGCAAGUCGAGGCGUGGUUCCAUCAUCGCAGGAAUCAGGACAGGCCGAGCAACACCAAGAAGUUCUGCGAAGCCUGCUGGAGGUUUGCUUUCUACCUCUUGGCAUUUUUUGCCGGUCUCGCGUCUUUGAUCAAUACGCCUUGGCUUUGGGAUCAGAGGGCAUGCUGGCACGGAUACCCAAAACAAUCCAUCACAGAAGCUCACUACUGGUAUUACGCAAUGGAACUGGCCUUCUACUGGUCCCUCCUUCUCUGUGUCUCCGUGGAUGUGAAGAGGAAGGAUUUCAAGGAACAGAUCAUUCAUCAUGUGACCACAAUCUUCCUGAUUGGCUUCUCAUACUGUGCCAAUUACGUCCGUGUUGGGACACUGGUGAUGAUGAUUCACGACUCGACGGAUUUUCUCCUAGAGUCUGCCAAGAUGUUAAACUACGCUGGCUGGAAGAGGAUAUGUGACGUUUUGUUUGUCAUUUUUGCUGUGCUCUUCCUGGUGACCCGCCUUGUGCUGUUUCCCAGCAAGAUCAUCCACGCGACGCUGGUCUUGUCUAUGGAGUUCUUCAAACCUUUCUUUGGCUAUUACUUUUUUAAUAUCCUUCUGCUGGUUCUCCAAGCACUGCAUGUGUUCUGGGCCUGGCUCAUCCUGCGAAUGCUCUACAAAUUUAUCUUCCUGGGCAAGGUGAAGCGAGAUGAGCGCAGUGAUGAAGAGAGCUCUGAUGAAGAGGAUGAAAGGGCAAAUGAGGAAGAUGUGUCUGCCCGGAAUGAAAGAAAGUGUGCCCUCAAAUCAAAGCUAGCUGUCUUGUCCAAUUGUGUCCUCAACAAUUUCAGCAAUGGGAGAAAGGGUCCUACCUGCACUAUGCCCAAGACCAGAUAGUUAUGUGCUUCUGUACUACAUGGAACGUUCAGAAAUGCCACUCUGUUGUUCAUUACAUAUUCAUAGUCAUUUGUGAUUUACUGCACAUGGUCCACUGAGAAUUUCAAAAUGCACUUUCUAAACUAUGGAUUUUUGGCAAUCAAUGAAAAUCCAGUUUUUUUUGUGUUGUUAUGCAAAUGUAACAAAAGCUGUAACUGAGAUUACCCUCAAGACACUGGUAGCAAAGUUCGCUGUUAGUCAUUCAUAUAGAAAGUCCAUUUCGAAAAACGGUAGAUCUGUUGCAUAUAAUUAGCCGACCAGAAUGUUCAAUCUGGACUUCAACCCGUAUAAGAAAUGCCUAUUUUCAAGUUUUAGGCAUUCUGUGAAGUUACACUGGCAUCACCACUAACUUAAAUUCUACUAAUAAUCUGCUACAAGUUAAAAUAUGUAUAACAUUUAUGCCUCAGUACAGCAGAGUAACAUGUUACUUAAGCUGUUAGUAAUGUUGCUAAGUUUAUUAACUUGCUAAUGUUGUUUUAAGUUUUUUUAAAACCUACUGCUUUUUAUAAUAAUAAAUUCAGAUUUUUGGGAUUCAGAUUGAAAACAGCACGUUGGGACAUUUGAAACGCUAAGUCAUCAUAAAUUAGAUUAACAAUGUGUGAUACAAGAGCGCCCCCAAGUGUCAGACAAAAGGUGACCCAAGAGCCUGUCAGUGAAUCCAUGGGGAAUGGUCAAUUUCAGGAUAAUAUUUACAUGUUUAGUUGUGUUUAGCUUGCAGCUUCUUUAAUUUCUUUAUUCAUUUAAUGUUAGAGGAAUAUUUAAUCUAGUUUGUGUUGGCUGAUGCACAAUUUGCAAGCAAACAGUUCCUGCUUUUUUGUGAAGGUGCAAUAUCUGAUGGUCAUAUUCUUCCUGACCUGAGUUUUAUGGUUAAUUUGAUAAUUUUUUAUAAUUGUCUUUCCAUAAUUUUCUAUAAUUCUGUAAGAUUUCCUUAAGGUACAAAAAGAAGUAUAGUUAUUGGAUCUUAAAAUGAAUUGGAUGUUAAUCUCUUGACUGUUUCAAUAGCACAAAAAAUUGUUUAUAUUCUGUGAAUGAUAAUGGAAAAUAAAAAUCUUGUAAAUUAAA